UCCUGAUGAGGCAACAGUUUGUUGCGAAAGCUUGAAUUUUGUGUGUAUGUUUGUGUUCGUUUGUGUGUCUGUCGAUCUGCCAGCACUUUCAUUUGUCCAGUUGAAAAAGAAGUUAAGAAAAAGAAAACAGAAUGCACGACUGAGGAAGCUGUUGCACCCAAAGAAUGCCAUGAUGGUUCUGCGUGAACUGAAAGCUGGAAUAAACUUUACAUUUCAGGAGCAUACAAAUGCUCUAACACAAACUAUGUUUGUUGUUAGUGCUGAGGUGGAUGGGAAGGUGUAUGUAGGUGAAGGUUUAUCCAAAUCAAUAGCUAAGCAAAAUGCUGCUGAAAAAGCUCUAAAAGACUUACUUUUGGAAAGAAUGUCUGAUGCAGCAGUGAAAACACAGAAACGGCAUAAUGCAGAAGUUGUUGAACCCAUGCAGCAGGAAGUAAACAAUGCAGCUGGCAGUGGUGUUUCUGAUGAUGGAAGUAUCGCUGAAAGUGCACAGGCAUUGGGAAAGCCACCAGUCCCAGAGGAUGAUGUGCCAUGGGGAAAUGUGGCUUCUUUUGCCCUGUACAAGUUAUUUACUGAAUGGCAGAGUCAAGGUACACAUGUACCUCUUCCUUUUUGUAAACAGAAACCAGUUUUGCCACCUCCAGCAAGGGUGGAUGCAGUGGCAGCAGCUGGACAGUUACAGCCUCUGGUUCUGGCAGCACAUUCUCCCAUGAAAAAAAUUCCAGAAAACCCAACUGGUUGUCAUCCUGUUCUCUUAUUACAUCAUUUAAAACCAGGAAUACAGUUCACUGAAGCUAGGCAGGAACGCACACAUCCAGAUGAGAGAUUUACAAUGUCAGUAACUGUUGAUGGGAAGACUUACAGUGGUGUGGGUAAAACCAAAAAGGAGGCAAAGAAAGCAGCAGCUAUUGCAUGUCUUGCUGGAUCAUUCAAGAUAUGCUACUAACUCAUUCUGACAGUAAACAAUAUUGUUUGGACAUAAUGCAUUUCUCACAUGCAAUUUCUGAUCUGUAGUAAAGACUUGGUUAUAUCUGUAGUAAUAUUGACUUUGAAACCUGUUGCCAACAAUCA